UGGCUGAGGGCUGUAAACUUUGUGACGCAGCGGUGGCAUUCUUACUGGAAUGUGGAUUUGCUAAAUGGGGCUCGAAGUGCCAAUUACAUACAGUCACUAGUGAGCAUGCGUGGAGUAGUCGGGAACUGGAGAACAUUGGUGACGCUACUGGUAGAGUCUGGUUGCUUAAAGGGCAUUAACACGUUGUUGUCCGACAGCGAUUUCAUCUACACACGAAGUUCAUAGCUUGCACAGCUUUUUGGUCUAUUUUUAACCCACGGAUUCAUGUUUUACACGGUACAAAUGAUUUGGGAAUUAGUGUAUCAGUUGUCAUCCGUUCAAAAACUGGGAUUUAUAUCAAUUAUUAGUUAUAUUUAGACUGUAUACGGUAACGGUUUCCUUGCUUAGUGUUAGCCGAAGCGAUAUUUAAAAAAAUAUGCGCGCUAAGAAACGGUAUUUAGCUAAUACCACCUGAUAUCGAUGCAUGUAUAGGUUGUAGAUAUUAAAAACACAUACAGAUACAAAGAAGAACAAUGUUAGUAACCCUCUUUUUGCAAUAUUUGGCUUUUCUGCUUGGUCCGGAGUAAGCAGUUGUAUUCCUGGCACCAGUUCAAUUGAUUUUUUGAAAAAGGGGGCAGAGACGGCGGGAGAGAGCAUGCGCUAGAGGGGGGUUGUCGAAGAAUCAAGUAAAUAGAACUGGAGCUGGAAGCACAAGUUUAGUGUCGGCGAUGACGUCACCGCUCCACAUUGAGCUCGCAGCGUAGUAGUGGGAGAGAUAGAUAGAGGCGCACGGUUGUAAAGUACACACUGCCAUGAACUUCUGUUUGUAACUUAAUUGUUGUUGCUGCCGUCGGGAGGGAAAAUACAACAAAAAAACUUUUCUGUGCCUGUUUUUCUUACUUAAAAAUACAAGCAAAUCGGUGGAGGGCAUUUGGAGAAGUUUUAUUUUCCACACUUUUUGGCGAAAGCGAUGUCGUCCGCGGCGGUUGCUGCUUCGAGAAGGCAGUCAUGUUAUUUAUGUGACUUGCCCCGCAUGCCGUGGGCUAUGAUCUGGGAUUUUACCGAGCCCGUCUGUCGAGGAUGUGUCAACUAUGAAGGAGCCGACCGUAUCGAGUUUGUGAUUGAGACUGCCCGGCAAUUAAAACGGGCUCAUGGCUUACAGGAGGGAAGAUCUUCUCUUCCAGGGAAACCGCAACUCUCGGGUAAAGAGAUUCAGUCGAUCAACCACACGCCUGGAGAUCCCGGAUCACGGCCGCCACAGCCCCUGGAUCGCUAUCCCCUAACCUCCGACAGACCGCCGAGAUUAGGUCCAGAGUAUCAGUCGGGGAGGCAGGCGAACGGCAUUCCUGUUCCGAACGGAUUUCCAAAACCAGACGACCCUCCGGAGCUGAACAGACAGAGCCCCAACCCUCGCAGGACUAGCACGGUUCCCCCAAACUUAGUGCCUUUGGUUAACGGGAACAUGCCCCCCGUACACGCGCUGAACGGAAGACCCGCACAAAUGGGGAUCCCCGGCUCGUUAACGGCGCCGAGCCCGAGCGAGCUCGGCGCCAAGCGGCCGGAGGACAUGAAAGACAAGCACAGUUUAUCGGACCUCAGCGACGGUCACAAGAGGGCUGAGGAUUGGAUGAACAAGGGGAAAACGGUCAGGGACUUAAUGGCGCUGCACACUUUCGACAGCAGGUACAAGAAAGAGCAUACGGCCAUGCAGCAAAGAGUGAUGGGAUACGAGCCCAGCGCCACAAUCUCCAAAUCAGAGAGAGGAAAGCACCCCCGAAACAUGAAGAGAAAAGCGUCGCCGGAGCCUGAUGGCGAUGGCGGCCCGGCCAAGCUGAACGGCGAGGGGGGCCAGCCGUGGCUCCCGCCGUCCGCCGAGGUCCUGAAGAUGCCCCCGACGGGGGCGCCCCCCGGCUUCCCCACGCCGCCCUCCACCAUAUCCCCGCACUCCCGCACCUCCCCGCCGGGCGAGGGCGCCCAGAACGGGCAGUCGCCCAUGGCGGCGCUCAUCAUGGCCGCCGACAACGCCGGGGGCAACAGCUCGCCCAAGGACGCCGCCCAGGUGCACUCCACCACCCGCCGGAACAGCAGCAGCCCCCUCUCCCCGUCCUCCAUGAGCCAGCGGCGGCUGGCCCACCGCGAGGGCCCCGGCGGGAUGGUGGGGGGAGGCGCCCCCCACGUCCCGGGCCUGGAGCAGGCGCCCCCGCAAAGCAUUCCGGACUCCUCUGUGCCCAGCAGCGUCCCGCUCUGCUGCACCCUCUGUCACGAGAGGCUGGAGGACACGCACUUCGUCCAGUGCCCCUCGGUGCCGUCCCACAAGUUCUGCUUCCCCUGCUCCCGGGAGAGCAUCAAGCAGCAGGGGGCCACGGGGGAGGUGUACUGUCCCAGCGGGGAGAAGUGCCCCCUGGUCGGCUCCAACGUGCCCUGGGCCUUCAUGCAGGGCGAGAUAGCCACCAUUCUGGCGGGAGAUGUCAAAGUAAAAAAGGAGAGGGACCCUUAACUUUAUUAGCAUUUUUUUUUUUUUUUAAACAAACAAAAACAAACAAAAAAAACAAA